UUUGGACUGAACCCAAGAUGGAAUUUAAUAUUUGUUCAUAAAAUUUUAUUGGUUCUUAAUUUUUCACUUUACCCAAGUAACUAUUAACAAUUAAAAACCCUAUUUAGCUUUGUAAGUGUUUGCUUUUUUCUUUCUGAUUAAUUCCUUUAGUUUUUUUAAUAUUUUUUCUCUAGCCCUUUCUUUCACUUUGUCUCUCACUCUGUCCAUCUCCAAAACGCCUCCCCUUUGCCUUUUUUGUUUUCUCUCCUCCCUGUCGCAACGAACCCUGAAUCUGGCGUAAGCAGCAGACUCUCACACGCUCUCAUCGCCGCCGCCGCCGCCGCACAUUGGGCCGCCGUGAACAAUUCGCGGGUCGCUAAAAAGGGUUCCCCUUUUUGUGUCUCCAAUCAGACUAUGGCGUCCGAGGAUGUGAAGACUAGUGGGGAGGCUGCUGUUUCGACGAUCGUGAAUCUAGCCGAGGAGGCUAAGCUAGCUCGCGAAGGCGUUAAGACGCAAAGCCCCGCUUUCCUCAGUAUCUGCAAGUCCCUCGUCGCCGGUGGAGUUGCCGGAGGAGUGUCCCGCACAGCUGUUGCUCCACUAGAAAGACUAAAAAUUCUACUCCAGGUCCAAAAUCCACACAGCAUAAAAUACAAUGGUACAAUUCAGGGCUUGAAGUACAUUUGGAGGACGGAGGGUUUCAGAGGGCUGUUUAAAGGAAAUGGCACAAAUUGUGCUCGCAUCGUGCCAAAUUCAGCCGUCAAGUUCUUUAGUUACGAGGAAGCCUCAAAGGGUAUUUUAUGGUUGUACAGGCGCCAAACUGGGAACGAUGACGCACAGCUUACUCCUGUUUUACGUCUCGGUGCUGGUGCAUGUGCUGGUAUAAUCGCCAUGUCUGCAACUUAUCCAAUGGACUUGGUUAGAGGUCGCCUAACUGUCCAGACAGAUAAGUCUCCUAGUCAGUACAGAGGCAUCGCCCAUGCUCUUAAAACUGUUCUAAAGGAAGAAGGCCCCCGUGCGCUAUACAAAGGUUGGCUUCCAUCGGUCAUUGGAGUUGUACCAUAUGUGGGUCUCAACUUUGCGGUGUAUGAAUCUCUGAAAGACUGGUUGCUGAAAUCCAAUACAUUUAACCUGGUUGAAAACAACGAACUGAGCGUAACAACGAGGCUAGCAUGUGGAGCUGCUGCUGGAACUGUUGGCCAGACAGUAGCUUACCCACUCGAUGUCAUUCGACGGAGAAUGCAAAUGGUAGGGUGGAAGGAUGCUGCUUCGAUUGUCACUGGGGAUGGAAGGGGCAAGGCACCACUUGAAUACACCGGUAUGGUCGACGCCUUCAGGAAAACUGUUCGCUACGAGGGGUUCGGUGCCUUGUACAAGGGUUUGGUCCCUAAUUCAGUAAAGGUGGUCCCAUCCAUAGCCAUUGCGUUUGUGACUUACGAGAUGGUGAAGGAUGUUCUUGGGGUCGAGAUGAGGAUUUCCGACUGAACACAGUAGAAGAGGUGGACAAGGUAGACUUCUCGUUAUCCAGCGGAGAGCGUAUUCGGAGGAGAAGGGUGGAUCGGCUGUCCGUGAUGAAUGAACCUGAUUUUUGGUGAUAGUGGAGUGAGUCAGAUUAGUAGAGAAUGAACACAACUUGUAGCGCUGUGUUUUUAAUAACCCCGUCCGUCGCCUGCUCUGUGAUCUCCACCUGAACCCAUAUUUGUCUCUCUAGAUUUCUUAUAACUUGGCUGUGGCAAUAAGGUACGACGGAAAAU